AUGAGUUCGUUCAGCUAUGAGCCGUACUAUUCGACCUCCUACAAGAGGCGCUAUGUGGAGACGCCCCGGGUGCACAUCUCCAGCGUGCGCAGCGGCUACAGCACCGCGCGUUCUGCCUACUCCAGCUACUCGGCGCCGGUUUCCUCCGCUCUGUCCGUGCGCCGCAGCUACUCGUCCAGCUCCAGCUCCUUGAUGCCCAGCCUUGAGAACCUCGAUCUGAGCCAGGUAGCCGCCAUCAGCAACGACCUGAAGUCGAUCCGCACCCAGGAGAAGGCACAGCUACAGGACCUCAACGACCGCUUCGCCAGCUUCAUCGAGCGCGUGCACGAGCUGGAGCAGCAGAACAAGGUCUUGGAAGCCGAGCUGCUGGUGCUGCGCCAGAAGCACUCCGAGCCGUCCCGCUUCCGGGCUCUGUACGAGCAGGAGAUCCGCGACCUGCGCCUGGCGGCGGAAGACGCAACCAACGAGAAGCAGGCGCUCCAAGGCGAGCGCGAAGGGCUGGAGGAGACGUUGCGCAACCUGCAGGCGCGCUGUGAAGAAGAGAUGUUGAGCCGCGAGGACGCGGAAGGCCGGCUGAUGGAGGCGCGCAAAAGCGCCGACGAGGCAGCUCUCGCACGCGCCGAGCUCGAAAAACGCAUCGACAGCCUGAUGGAUGAAAUCUCUUUUCUGAAGAAAGUGCACGAAGAGGAGAUCGCCGAGCUGCAGGCGCAGAUCCAGUACGCGCAGAUAUCCGUGGAGAUGGAUGUGUCCACCAAGCCCGACCUCUCCGCCGCGCUCAAGGACAUCCGCGCGCAGUACGAGAAGCUGGCCGCCAAGAACAUGCAGAAUGCCGAAGAGUGGUUCAAGAGCCGCUUCACUGUGCUGACGGAGAGCGCAGCUAAGAACACCGAUGCCGUGCGCGCCGCCAAGGACGAGGUGUCCGAGAGCCGCCGCCUGCUCAAGGCCAAGACCCUGGAGAUCGAAGCGUGCCGGGGCAUGAACGAAGCGCUGGAGAAGCAGCUGCAGGAGCUGGAGGACAAACAGAACGCUGACAUUAGUGCUAUGCAGGACACAAUCAACAAAUUGGAAAAUGAAUUGAGAACCACAAAGAGUGAAAUGGCAAGAUACCUCAAAGAAUACCAAGACCUCCUUAAUGUGAAGAUGGCUUUGGAUAUUGAGAUUGCAGCUUACAGGAAGCUUUUGGAAGGCGAGGAGACCCGGCUCAGUUUUACCAGCGUGGGAAACAUAGCCAGUGGCUACUCCCAGAGUUCCCAGGUCUUUGGCCGAUCUGCCUACAGUGGUUUACAGACCAGCUCCUACUUGAUGUCUGCCCGUUCCUUCCCAGCUUAUUACACCAGCCACGUCCAGGAAGAGCAGAUUGAGGUGGAGGAGACCAUCGAGGCAGCUAAAGCUGAGGAGGCCAAGGACGAACCCCCUUCUGAAGGAGAAGCUGAGGAGGAGGAAAAGGAGAAGGAAGAGGGUGAGGAAGAGGAGGGAGCCGAAGAGGAAGAAGCUGCCAAGGAAGAAUCUGAAGAAGCAAAGGAAGGAGAAGAAGAAGGUGGUGAAGGUGAAGAAGGAGAAGAAACCAAAGAAGCUGAAGAGGAAGAGAAAAAAGAUGAAGGUGCUGGAGAGGAGCAAGCAACCAAGAAGAAAGAUUGA